UUUAUUUUAUUAAGUUUUUCUUUGCCUACGUUUACAAUAAUUUUAAUUUAUUAGAAUAUUAUAGAAGUUUAAAGUGUUAUCAGAUGUUAUGAGUAGUUCAAAUAAACGAAAUGAGAAUAUGGAAAGCAAUAUUGCAGCAAAAAGAGUUAAAGCAGAAUGCUCUUACGGAGAAAGAUGCUACAGACUAAACCCGGCACAUUUCCGGGAAUUCAGUCAUCCACACUUGGAAUCCAUACUUGAUAAUUAUAGUGGUGAAGGUGAAUAUCCAAUUCCAUCAACGAUGCAAGCACAACGCAUCUUGAUAUCAGAUCAACUUAAAAUAAUAAUAGAAAAGGGACUUUAUACAGUGUCAAAGAAUUUUAUACAAGAAAGUACAAGUACACAAACUAAAGAAAAGGAUUUAAAUAAAGAUAAACAACAGAGUCAUAGUACUACAAAUGUAAAUAUGUUAAGUGUUGCCAGUGAUAAAAAUAAAUUAAAUAAAAAUAAAGAAAAUGAAUCAGAAAAAGACACAGCAAUUGAAAAGAGAGAGAAAAAUAAAUCACCAGUAAAUCAAACAAUUAUAAAAGGUGAAUAUAAACCUAUAAUAGAGCCUACACGUCGUCCUGAACAGUUUUUGAAAGUGGUGAUACCACCGGGUGGCAUGGCAGCGAAGCAUGCUGCUAGCGCCCCAUACCAUAUCUUUUAUACAACUAUAACUGAUUCCAAAGAGACACACAGACAGACAAAUUCUAUUACAUUUCUAGAAAUAUUAGAUCGAAGUUUGGGUGAAUUGAAAUGUUCUUUACAAAUAAAUUUCAUGGUAGAACCUGGAUGGUUACUCGCUCAGUAUUAUUUUGCUGGGUACAGUGGUAAAAAGUUAACAAUACUCUAUGGCGACGACUGCGCAGAUAUGAAGUCACUAAACAAGAAAAAACCGAAUGUAGACGCACAUUAUGUGUCUAUGGCCACACCGUUUGGAAAACAUCACACGAAAAUGAUGUUAUUAUGUUAUGAAGACGGUUCUCUAAGAGUUGUCGUGUCUACUGCUAAUUUAUAUAUUGACGAUUGGGAAAAUAGGACUCAGGGGCUAUGGUUCAGUCCACAAUGUCCCCCGCUUUCGGCAGAGUCUAUGCCCCACGAUGAGGAGUCCCCUACCCUGUUCAAGAGGUCUUUACUAAGAUAUUUACAUCACUAUCAAAUGCCACAACUCAGUUAUUACGUAGAUUGGGUGAAAAGAUGUGACUUUAGUCAUAUUAACGUAUUCUUAGUGGCAUCAGUUCCUGGUUCCCAUUUCGAUACAGAAUGGGGUAUGACUCGUACUGGUGCGUUACUCCGACAGCAUUGUUGUGUACCGCCUGCAGAGAAUACGAAGUGGCCAUUAAUAGCACAAGCCAGUAGUUUAGGGUCAUAUGGGAAAGAACCAAAGUUAUGGCUGACGGGAGAUUUCCUGCAUCACUUUACGAAGAUAAAAGACCAGCCACAAAUGCUGAGUACGCCUGCAGAACUGAAGCUCAUAUAUCCUUCGUUAGAGAAUGUAAAGCAGUCUCAUGACGACUUACUUGGAGGUGGCUGCCUUCCAUACGCCGCUGAAGUUCACUCAAAGCAACCCUGGCUAAAUAACUUCUUAUAUCAAUGGCAAGCUAAAUCUAAUUAUCGUAAUAAAGCAAUGCCGCAUAUAAAAUCUUACACUCGUGUGUCACCGGACAACAAAAUGGCGGCUUACUUUCUACUGACGUCAGCGAAUGUCAGUAAAGCCGCAUGGGGUACGCUGAAUAAAGGCAAUCGUGCGUUGAGGAUCAUGAGUUAUGAAGCGGGAGUUUUAUUUCUGCCAAAGUUUAUCAUAAAUCAAGAUUUAUUUCCAAUAGACAGGAACGCAACAAACAGACUAAUUCUGCCUUACGAUAUUCCUCCCAUUAAAUACACGAGUGACAUGUCACCAUGGGUCUCUGAUUACUUGUCAAAAUAAAUGAUUUCUUUUGUUGUAUGUUUUAUUAUACUGACCUUUACCUACGAUUAAAAGACUUUGCUAUAAACGGAAAGUAAUUUGACAUAGAAAGAUUAACAAAGAGUUUUAUUUUACGCAUCCACAAGAAGGGAAUGGAGAUUAAAAUUAGGCUUAAGGGCUCGGGCGCUAAGGGACGCAUAUCUUAAUAGAAUCAUAGGAUAGUUAAUGUGACCGUUUAUUUUUUAAC